AUGUGGCCCAAGAGUCCACGUAUUCGCCAGAACAAUCCAUCUGGUUUUACUACAAUCCAGCAGAAGGCAUCUCCUAGGGCUUUAUAUUCUAAGACUCUAAUCGCUAACCAGUUGAAAAACGUCAUAGCUAUGGACAACGUAAUCUUAGCCCAUAAGGACAUCAAUAAGCAGCAGCUGGACAAAAAGACCGAGACGGGGCUCCUGACACCCUCGUCCUCGGACAACUCGCUGACCACCAGUGCCACCAGUUCGGAACAGUCCUCGGACAUGGUAGCCAAGUUGCCAAAAACCCGUUUGUUCCGGGAACCAAGCUCCCUAACUCCCUACUUAACCAUCAAACGUCAGAAUACAGCUUCGAUGAUUAACUUCCGGGUCCGUAAGUCGGUGUCCCAAAUGGAUUUCAAGGAGGCCCGACGCACAGGAAACUAUCAACUGGUGGCUCAUGUACCAUCGCCAAGAAAAGUAAUCGCAGAACAGCCGCUCUUGGAAAAUGCAAGCGAGGAAUUGAAAGCUGAUCUGGGCAAACUAACUCUCCAAGAUGCUGAUACACUCAUAAAGUCGGGUGACGGACAGGUUAGUUUCCUGGUUGGCCCAGAACAGGAUGCACGUGUGGCCAGUCUGAGGAUCUUUAACACCAUCAUGCUGCAUGCCUGGCGCAAGCGUCGCCACGAGGUGGGACAGCUCAAAGAUCAGGUGGAUGAUCUCAAGAAGAAUCUAGUGAAGAAUCGCAAUCAGUUGCAUGUUUACAACUCACUUUUCUGUGUGGAGCAGCGUCGCAAUGCCACUCUUAAUGAUCAGCUACGGCAAUCGUAUCGAGACAAUGCCCAAAUUAAGCUCUCCUAUGAGGAUCUCAGCCUAGUCCUGGUGGAGGUCAGGACCGAAAAGGAGAAACUGUCGGCAGAAGUGGCCGCCAAGAAUGAAAACAUUGAAAACCUGGAGGAAGAGCAAAAGUCGCUCAAGAACGAACUCUUGGAGUUGCAGAGUCAGCAGCGGGAGCAAAUGGAGCAGCUGACCCGCCUUCAGCUUGAUUUCCAGGAGAGCCAGUGCGUCCGUAAAGAGCUAACCCAGCAGCAGGAACUGCUGCUCAUUGAUGUCACCCUCAAGCAGGAUUUCAUAGAGAAGCUGCGCGAAAGUACAGCCAAGUUGGAGGAGCUCAAAAAGGCAGCCGAUGAGCAAUACAGCAAACUACUCGAACACACCUUACAAUUGGAAACUUCCAUUCAGGAAAAAGAUGAUCAAUUGGUUAAUCUGCAGAAUUGCUUGGCCGCCACUUUGGGUCAAAGGAUCCGUCAGUGUUUUGCCCACAGCCAGAAUUAUCAACAUGCCACAUAUCGGAUGCUCCACUUUGUGGCUCACUACAUGCUCCCGGGAACACCACCACCAUCCACACCACCUUUGAUCCAGUGGCUGUCACUCGACUAAAGAGACUCUUUUCCCGCUCACACAUCGAGAUUGAUAUCCAGGCCGAUGGUAACUAUGUUAAUGAUAAGAUCAAGAAAGACCAAAUUCAAGAAUCCUCCAUUUAGCAAAUAUGAGUUUUACGUUCUAGUUCUAUUGUUAUAUUUAUUGAGUUUAUACUGCUUUGAUCUUUUCUUCUAUUGAUAGUUGAAAUUGCAUUUAAAAUCGUUGUUGAUAAUGUCAGAAAAUAUUAAAGUAAAGCAGCCAAAAUUACUGG